AUGUGGUGGUUCUUCCGCAUCGUCUUCAGCUCGGUCUUUCUGCUGACGAUCAUCCUCUCGAUCCCCAUCUCCUUCGAUGUAGGAGGCCGCGACAGCGGGCUGGCAUACAGCCUGGCCCUCUUCACCUUCUACCUCUUCUACAGCGCCUUCAAGCUCGCCACCCCCGAGAGCUCGCGCGUGCGAUGGGGCGUCAACAAGCUCCUCCAGUCCGCCCAGUGGGUCGUCAUCCCCACCCUCCUGAUCUGGUCGCUUCAUCGCUUUGCCGUUGAUGCCAACAGCACCGACUGGGUGUCGAGGACCAUCAGCGGCCUGAGUGGAAGCAAGCAUGAUACAUGGUCCGAGUAUUUCUUUGGGGCUGGCGGCUUGGUGGAGAACAUGACCAUUGGAGGAUGGGACAAGACUCUACGAUACUCAAGCCCCGUCUUCCAGCUCCUCGAGGGCUUCUGCACGCUCCUGGUCAUCCAAGCAGCUGGCCAGAUUACCAAAUGGCUCGUGAACAGAGGACGCAGCGAUACUUGGGUGCUCGUGCUCCUGAUUUUCUCUGCGUCCGUCAUUGCCAGCGCCGUCUACUUCCUGUGGCGCGUGGCUCUGUUCCCAUCUAUCAGCAAUGUGGAUGCAACACUCAUUGGAGUAACAGUGACAUCAGCUGUCUUCCUGUGCGCGAUAGGCAUCGUCUCCGGCAGGGGCAAUCCUGUGGAAUCAUCCCUGCUGUUCGCAUAUGUCGUCCUCUGUGUGUACCAGAUCUUCACAGAUUAUGUACAGUCCGCAGAGGCGGCGGCAGCAGCUGCAGAGCAAGCCGCGAGCCAACCUGACUUCCCACCCCUGCCUCCGAUCAUCAUGGCCAGUUACUCGACUCUCCUGCACCUAUUGGGAUCCUUGCCAUCGGCGGUAUAUUCUUCACUCAGCUUCCUCCAUGCUGCAUUCCAGACCAUAGCGCCGUCGGUCAUGAUCUCGCUCACCUACCGCAUCAUCGUCUUCUAUUGCGCAACACGCAUCAUCCCCGCAGUGAGGGAGUCGGGGGCGAACGCGCUACUUGAGGAGCCUACACUGGACGAAUCGGACAGCGCCAACCGCAUCUUGGGCUUCCUUUCCUGGUUCUCGCCCUCGAUUCUUAUCGCCGUAUAUACCAGUCUCCUCUUGCAACAUUUCUCGACAAAUGGCGAAGAAGGCUGGACACUGCGUGAUGGAGACGCGGGCGGCAAUGCCUGGCGGUGGAUCAACGUGGUGAUCACCAUGAGUCUGUACGCCAUCGAGCUAUAUCUUGGCAACGACGACGUCGACAGCGGUAUGGUUAGUCAUUGGAAGACGGACUGA